CGACGUUGUGCAUCUCGCAUUUCUUGCCAUCUGAACUUUCCACAACGCGGAUUUCUAUUUUGUAUUUACCAUCUGAGCUGCGAGAGGACUCGGGGGUCUCGUCGCGGGUUCUUAUCCUUCUUUGCCUUGCACUACUUCCGGCGGCAGGCGCACGGAUAGGAUCACACAUCCUCAUCAUCUCUGCUCUGCCUCCCCGCCUCUUCUCCUCUUUACUCCACCCACUCGCUCUGGCUUUCGUCCGCUUCUGCUCCUCUCCUUGAUCUCCCUUCUUCGUUCGCGCACGGCUGGGCCGCUUCAGGAUCUCAAAUCCGCCACACACACAGUCCUUACCCUCCCCCAUAUCUAUAUCUACUUAUCUGCAUGGCGGCAGUGAACCUCCAGAUGAUGGCCGCCAACGUACCCUUCGACUUCCUCCCGAAUGCCCACUUGCACUCCCGCUCCAACUCUGUCUCAUCCUCCUCCUCGCACUCGCCCGGCUCGCGGCCUCAGUCUUCCCAGGGUGGCGGCGUUCUGCGCACGACGGCGGUUCUCCCACCCUCCGCCGAAGACCUCUAUCGCGCUUCUUUCCAUACCACCAACACCUUCGACCACGCUCGCAACACCUCCGACGCAUCCCUCUCCUCCGCGUACUCGCUGGACCUCGCGACCCCUGCUGACUCGCCCCCUAAUCACAACAUAACCAAUCCCGCUCUGAAGGGCCACCUGCGUCAGACUCACAUCCGCGCCCGUGUUUCAGCCUCCCCCUACCCUCGUGACACCGAGAGUGUGCAUUCGUCUUCAAGUGAGACAGAGGACAUCUCCAUGUACCUCGCCACCGCCGGCUCCGAGUACCACACCAUGUUCGCCGGGCCUCCCCAGACGAUGAUGCCCAACCCAGCGGAGGCUAUGCACGCGUAUGGGAGAAUGGCCCUCUCCCCUGACCACGCUCUGGAGAAGCUCGCGGCGAAUGUGCGGGCGGCGACGACGACGAGUGCGUCCGACCGGGCAAAGCAGAUUUUCGUGCAGGCAUGGUUGACAGCGAACUACUCUCCAUACCCUGACGGGAAUGUUCCGCGUCAAGGGCUUUACUUCUCAUACCGCCGGGUCUGCGAUCAGUAUGGGAUACCACAUAUCAAUACCGCCACGCUGGGAAAAGCAAUCAGGCUAUGUUUCCCUACUAUCAAAACAAGGCGGCUGGGAGUUCGGGGGAACAGCAAAUAUCAUUAUUGCGGCAUCCGUCCUGCGACGUCCGCAGAGGCUGAGUUCCUCCAGGACUACAUCCGCAAGUCGAACAAUAAUGCCGCACAACAGGCUGUCAACGCUGCCCGCAUGUCCAACGAGCAGGGCGAGAACCGUGGCGGCUCGGAUGAGGACGACGAGGACGAGUCAGAGGGGCCCGCGUCUGGGCCCGCGUCCAAACGUAACUCCUUGAAUUUGUCUAGCGGAGGCGCGAAGGCUCCGACAAUGUUUGCAGAUGAGAAGACUCCCACCGCGGCGAGCCUCCUUUCGCAAGCACAGGCCACCCAGCGGCCUACGAGCGCUUUCCCUGUACAGGCCCCGAUACGGAGGCACGCUGGCCAGGAAGGCCUUCAGGUCCAGCAGCCAUCUCCUUCGGGAAGCGUAUCUUCGUCCCUGGCCAUGAUGAGCGGAGGUACCGCUGCGUCCGUGCGCCAGAUGCCCAGUUUCCCUUCCAUUGAUGAGGCAGUUGGCGUGAACUCGACGACGCCGCAGAGCAUCGCCGCACGCGAAGUGUGGACGUGGUUCCAGGACCACUCGGACGCGUUGCUCGAGAGCGUGCGGGCGUUCCGCUUUGAUCAGUUUGAGAUGCAUCUGCGCACGUUCUGGUCGAGUCUCACGGGUGCCCAUCGGGAAGUUGUUCACGCUCCCGCUGUCGCGGGCUUGAUGGCUAAGGCGGAUGCGAUCGUUUACGAUGAAAUACUGGAGAUGCUUCGGUCGCAGAUGCUUUCGCCCAUUGCUCCCGCUUCUUUGGCGGGCCUUCGUCAGCUCGCUGACAAGAUGGAGAAGAUCCUCCUUGUGGCCCUGGACUCAUACGGAAAUACGUUUGUCGAGCCCAAGGUGGAAUUGGGCGCACGGUUCGGCCACCUUGUCUUGCGCUUCCUUGACAUUUACCAGGUCACGCAAGCGUUGAACACGGUCCUAACGAACCAAAAGCAGCUCCUGGAGAUGAGGCGCUCUUGGCAAAAGAUCGACUUUGAGUCUGUUCGGAACCAGUCGGCUCUGGUGUGCAAUUGUCGCCACGAAGACUUGGUGCAGCUCCUGGAGGGCGAGUUCGUCCAAGUGCUGGAGGGUUUGAGUAAGAGUCAGGACCCCGUUCGCGACGUCAUGGCGUGGGCGGACAAGUGCUGUGAACGGUUGAUGGGCGGCCGAGGCGGUGGCGUUGAAGAGAGGACAACCAUGAGCUCCCGUAGUGUGUUGAUCCGUUGGGGCUAUGUUACAAGUCAAGUUAUGCGAGAUUUGACUAUCCGAAGUGACCCUGCUUUCGGUGCAUUCCAAAUUCUCAAGCUGUUCCUUGAUGAUUGGAUUGCACUCAACGUCCUCCGGAACGUCGCACUGUCAACAAACUCGGUUGCUGCGUCGGUCGAGCCUGUCAUGCAGCAGCAGUUUUUCUCGCUUUCACCGAUGCCUGGCCAGGAGAGUUUCUCCAACACCACGCUCGACGUCCGCCCCGCCGGUGUAAUGGCCAACACACCGACGACUUCGAGCAUGCUCGCUGCUCUUCAAGCUGACACGUUCUCUGCGGGUACCCUUGACCCCUCGGCAACCACCUUCGGAGCCGACACUUUCGGCUCCCUAAGCUACCUCGACAACACAUCGACGCCAGAGGAUGCUCUGUCUGUACAUAACUCUGGGCUGUCAUUCCCCGACUACUCGAGCACCUUUGACGUGCCUGCCUUCACGCCGCAAGACUUGGGGAUCAGCGCGUCUGGCACGCCGCCCUCGGCCAGCAGCGACCCGGAGAACGAGCCCGAAUCGGUGAAGUCGGAGUCAUAGUGAGGGAAACACUCGUAGGAUGUUGAUCUGUGGGCUUUGUGAAUGACUAUCUAUACCCUAACAAUCACACUAAUACCUGUCGUUUGCUCUCUCUCUGGCUGUUAAUUAUUGACUUUGCCCUCGCUGCUGUAUUGACGUCCUCCCGUAAAUCGCUUAUCGAAUAUUGCCCUUGGCCUUCUGCCAAUGUAUCUCAAUUCUCCCCAGAUCAUGUACUGGACAAUGAUACCAUAUAUUCAGCCACAACGCUUCCGCUGUGUGACUGGAAGUGAUGCGGAUGCAUGAUGGUAGAAAUAUGUUAUAUGCGCAGCGACGAGCACACGGGAAUAAGUCCGACAGCUACUACCCAAGACUGUACACGCAAUCAUAUUAGGACGCUUCCACGGCUUGCUCCUGCACCGUUUCUAGCUUCUCAUCGACCUCCUCGCUAGGGACACCCAAUGAGGGAACGGAGACGACAGCAGGAGUAGAUGCGGGUUCCGCGGGUCGCUCCGCGCCGCCAGCAGGGGGUAUAUCGCCGGAUUGAGGAAUCUCGACGUCGUUGGACUUGCCUCCAAGGAGCUUGCGGAUAUCCGCCUCGGCCUUCGCCUUGUUCUCCGCAGUGACACGUGCCUGGUUGGCCUCAAACCACGCUUUCUUCGUCUUGAGAUCGUCGAUGACACGAGGGACAUCGGCCGUAGAAGUGGGUGGCGGUAUUGAGAGCGAGAGAAGAGCUGUAAGGGUAGGAAGGGGGACGUUCAACUGGCUGCUGGUAGAUUCAACCCCGUUCGCUUCGGCCGCGGGCUUCGCCCCACCCUUCUUACCACCCUUCUUCUUGCCUCUACCCGCGACGAAGUACGCUUCCUCCUCCUCGCCCUUCUUCUUCCGCACCACCAAGCCCUCGGGCGCGGUCUCAACCUUCCGGAUGUCGAGCUUCGGCACUCCCGCAACGUCCGAUUUCUCCGUGAGGGGCUUCUGGUGCGGCAACGUGGCCGUGGACGACUUGCCGGAAAAGGCAUCGAUGAGGGUCUGACAAUCCUCUAUCUGGGCCUGGAACGCGGGUGCCUCUGCCUCCUCGCGAAUGCGUUCUAUGGCUUCCUUCUUCUUGGCCUCCUCCUGCUCUGCGCGCUGCGCACGUAAUCGCUCUGCGCGUCGCGCGCGGUCCUCGUUCAGCUUCGCGUAGAACUUGUCGUUCGCGUCUUUGAAAUGGGCCGCGGACUCGCGCUUUCGGCUGUAGAGCUCGUCAAGCUGACCCUGGAUCGCACUCCGUUCGUCGUAGAGCUUGUUCCGGUUCGCGUACACCUCGUCGCUCUCCUUCUUCAACUCAUCCAACUCUGCCUUGAUCGCAUCGUACCUCUCGGACGCCGCCUUGGCUUCAGGAUCGUCGAGCUGCUUGCGGAGCUCAUCGGCCUUAGCGCGGUCAGCUUCAAUGGCCUCCUGCUCUGCCUGGAACCCCUCGACUAUCCGUCUGCUGCGCUUGACCUGGCUGAUCUCCUGAAGAGCACGUUUCUCUUCAACGAGCUUGAGGCUACCUGACUCGACCUGCCUCUCGAGUUGGCUAAUGCGAGCGUCGACCUCAGCGACAGUCUUGUAAGGGAUUUUGGCCUUCUGAGCGUUGAGGUCCUUGAUCUUCUUCUGGAUCCCGUCCUGCAGGGCCUUGAGCUGGUCGAUAACCUUACUCCGCGAAGCUUUGCUGUUGGACUGCUGGCCACGAAUGCUGUCCAGCUCAGCACGCAGCUCCCUUUGCCUCUCGGUACCGGGGCCACCCUUUCCGGCGAGAGCGAGCUUGUCCCUCACAGCGUUCAGCUUAGCCUGAAGCGCGUCGAUCUCAGCCUUGAUUUUGUUUUGCUCGGCAUCGAACAACGCCUUGUCCGGCUUUCCGGGGCCGUAGGUGACGGGCGUGAACUCCUCCUGGACCUGGGCCUGAACCUCGUGCACAGCGGGGGCAGAGCUGUCGGUGGUGGAAGGCGCGGGGGACUUGGCCUUUUUAGGGGCGCCGUUAGUGGCGGCGGACUUGGUUUUCGGUGCCAUUAC